GGUCCUCCAGCCGGGCUGCGUCGGUCCUCCAGGCGGGUCCUUCCGGUCGUCCAUCGGCUGCGGCUUCCGGUUCUGCCGGCGGAGCGGAGAGAAAAGGGGGCGACGGAGACGCGGACCUCCAUCAGUCGGAGAGCCCCCGACUCCCCCCUCCCGUCGGGCGACCCGCUCACCUCGCUGGGCAGGGCACCAUGUCCGGGGCGGCGGGCAAGAGGGCCUCCCCGGAGUCAGGGGCGGAGAAGUCGUCGGCGAUCGAGCCCCCGGCCGGGAGCUCAGGGACGAAGGUGGAGACCAUCAAGCUGGGGAGCGAUGCCUCCACGGAGGAGCUGGACAUCCGAACCCUGCAGGCGAGGAACCGGAAACUCUCGGAGGUCCUGGACCAGCGGCAGAGCAUCGAGGAUGAGCUGCGGGACCUCAUCGAGAAGCUGGUGAAGAGACAGGCCACAGACGAUGCCACCCUCCUCAUCCUCAACAGAUACUGGUGUCAGUUCGACGAGAACCUGCGGAUUAUUCAGCAGCGCUGGGACACAGAGGAGGAGGUGCUGUUGGACAGGAAGGCCGCCUGCCAGUCGGUUCCCGAGGCAGAGCCCGAGGGCGGCCAGGACUCUGAGCGCCGGGAGGAGCGGGAGAGAG